AUGGAAGCAGCUAUAAGAUGGUCGCCCCACUCAACACGCGACAACCGGCGCUUUUUGAUCAUUGACGUAGCAGGAAACCGACUGCGGCUCUGUCAGAUCGAUGACUUUGAGAAGAGCAAGGUCAAGUACAGGCAGAUAUGUAUUCGCGACAAAUUACCCAAUUACACCGCUUUUGACUGGUCCAAGAAGGAUCCCAGCAUUGUCGCUAUAGGGUCUGCCUCUGGAGAAGCCAUCGUUGUUACUCUAGACCCGGACAAGCCGGAGAAUGACUACGUUCACUCCUUUUCCAUUCGGCACCAAAGGAAGUGCAAUUCCAUCGCAUUUAGCUCAAAGAAUCUACUGGCUACGGGCCUGGAUAGGGUUAGAAACGAUGUCUGUCUCAACAUCUACGACCUGAAUGACUCGCGGUUUACCAGUAAGGAUGAGCCAUAUAGGAAGUUGGCGAGUUCAGAGGCUAUCUCGAGUAUCAAGUUUUUUGCCGGACAGCCGGACACGCUCGUUGCAGGCGUCUCGAGACAGUAUGUUCGCAUCUACGAUCUCAGAGAUUCGAGUACGACUGGCAUUGCUCAAUUUCAGACGCGCCAGGUACACAAUAUUGCCAUUGAUCCCUUGGACGAGAAUUACUUUCUCUCAGCUGGCACGGCAGGUGAUCCUACAGUAAUAGUCUGGGAUACGCGAUUCGUCAAGCAGCGCGGAACGUCCAAUGACACUGCAAAUAGUGGAGCCGUUCUUGAGUUCAAGCCUGUCGUCGAUAACUCCCACUCGGCAUCUAUCUGGAGUCUACGCUAUUCUGGCACCAAGAGAGGAACGUUUGGUGUUCUUGCCAAUACAGGCGAGUUUAGAGUUAUCGAGAUGGCGCAGCAUUCUCAUCAGCCGGCUAAGACUGCGGAUACGCCAUUCGCUCGGACAUGGGCGUCCCCGUACUAUACGAAAGCUUCACAUCAUCUACGGUACCCUUCGCAUGACAAGACAAAUCAACAGGACGAGAAGGGGCGCGUCAUGGCUUACGACUUCAUGACUACUGGUAAUACCCUCAGUGGGCAAUGUGCAUUAGCUUUGCAUUCAAAUCGCGAGGUUGAGGUUUUGAGGGUACCGCCACCGGUGCCUCGCCUCAAUGUCAGCGCACUCGAAGAGAUAUACAAAGACCGGACUUGUAUUGCGAGGCCAAGUUCGCCCCAUGGCACGAUCGCAGAUGACCUUAGUGAAGUGCAAAAUGAAGUACUGGGCGAGAAGUACGGCUUCAACCAGGACGACAGAAGCAUUCUCUCGGCGAGCAUGGAUAGAAUGCGCCUCAGCAAUAGCCAGCGGAACCGUCCUCUACUUUCAGCAACACAUCCCAGCCAUGAAAUUCACGAAGACCUUCUUAACCUAGGAUAUCCUCAUGUGAAACUUUCACUUAGCGACUACCUCGCAGUCUUGCAAGCCCCCAAGCGCCGCGUCCAGGAAGGAUACUCGCUUGAUUGUGCCCGCAACAAAGCCAUCGUUUCUAACGACCCCUGGCUUGUCGAUAUCUGGACCCUUGUCGACCGAAUGGAUGCACACGCUUCGGGUGACGGCAUGGUCGGCAAUGGCUUAGACUUGAUGUACCUGGGCGUGAGCUCGAUAUGGGCGAACGAAUUGACCAUGUACGAUGAGCGACUCAUCGACCCAGAUGCGAAGACUAGUCAGGAGAUGUUCAGUGACGCGGUCAAGGAGAUUGUCGAAGGGGCGGAAUUCCCUGCUUUCGAAGGCAUAAAGACAGAGUACCCCGAGAAUCGACAGUUGUGCCUGAGUCUCUGCGGAUGGUCACUCGACAAACUCGGUGUGCAAAAAAGUUGCCAAACCCUAGCAGACGAAGGAGAUAUCUACAAAGCCAUUGUCCUUGCCGUCUUCCAAGGCUACAAAGACGUGGCUCUCGCCUUGCUGCGCUCCAAACUUCAGCAGAAGAAGCUUCCACAAGAUGAUAUCGGCCUCGCUGCUGUAAUCUCCUGUGCAUCGCCUUCAUCCGGUGUAUCCGCCGACCAGCGCGAAGCAUGUGCCUGGAUGGCAGACAUGACCUCCGAUCCCUACCUAAAAUCCCUCCUAGUAUACUUCAUCUCUGGCGAAUGGACCACGGUCGUAGGUAUGAGUCAGCUAUCGCUCAACGACCGUGUCGCAGUCGCCCUCAAAUACCUCUCCGACAGCCAACUCUCGCAUUUCCUCAACAUAGCCACGGCAGCCGUGAUACGCGAAGGCGAUAUCUCCGGCCUCCUCCUAACAGGCUUCACCACGCGUGCCCUCGACCUCCUCCAAGUCCACAUAUCCAAGCACCCGUCUAGAAUCCAAGACGCCGUGCUCCUCCUCUCGCGCGCCUGCCCGCUAUACAUCCAAGACGCACGCUGGACCCUGUGGAAAGACAUUUACCUCUCUCACAUGCAGACCUGGCGCACCUUCCUCGAACGCACACGCUACACCAAAGAGCACAAUCUCCGCAGCGUCACGCGAGAAGGCCGCAGCGUGAACAAACCAACCCAGCCUAGCCUGACGAUCCGCUGCCUUAAUUGCCAGCAAAACCUCGCUCUACGCAAGGAUCCCCGCUCUGCGAAACAGCGCCUCAUACCGACCCCAAAUCAGCCUUCUAAACCGACCAUUGGCCCGCAGAAACAGCGCCAGGCGUCUUCCCCGGCGCUCGCGUGUCCUAACUGUGCUACUCAGAUGCCUAGGUGUGGACUGUGCAUGUUGUGGCUGGGUAGCCCGGAUCCGGCCAAGCAGGGUGCGUAUGACAGUCUCAACGGGGAGGAUCUCGAGGCCCGGUUGAUGGUGUUUUGUAUGAGUUGUUCGCAUGGGUUUCAUGGGCAUCAUGCGCGGGAUUGGUUUGCGAGGCAUGCCAUGUGUCCUGUGCCGGAUUGUGGGUGUAUGUGCGGGCUUCUGAAGUAA